UUUAAGCCAGUUAAAGGACAUGUAAAGGACACGAAGAAGGACAUGUAUUGUUAACAAACAAGCAUAUUUUAGAAGCAUAUUUUGCGUACGAUAUACACUCAAAAGCCUAAUUGGAAAAACAAUGAAAUUGUUUUACCUUGCCAUAUCAACAUAAUGUUGCCUGACUGAUAAAAAAAGUUUACUCACAAUGGCUGCAUCUUACGAAUCACUUAUAGCUGACCAAGAGUUCAAGCUUCGUUUGGUAACCUUUUUAAGCGAAGCCGAAAAGCACCUUCGGUGUAUAUUCCAUGACCCUAAAUAUGGCAACUUUCCAACUGACAGGAAAAAAAUAUACGGAAUUAUGGUAAAAUUAGAUAAAAAUGGAAGUUUAAAUCAUUUACAGCCAAACCAGCGGACAAUUGUUUUACCAAAGAGUAGAGAGACUGAUUCCCAAGAGUUUGAUAUCACACUUUUAUCCUACUUUCUUCUAAACCACGUAAAGCUAAGCAAGAAGGUACGAGAGGCUAUCGAAGGAAUAAGAAAAGAGAGAAAUCUUAUCCUGCAUAAUCCCAACAUAUUAUGUACAGAAUUUCAAACAAGAUGGACUAGUUUGGAAGUCUUUCUCAGUGUACUUAAUUAUGAUAUUAGUACUGUAAAGGAUCUGAAAUCUGGCAGUUUGGAGCAUUUGGAACAUCUCCAAGUGUCAAUAAACAAAAGCAAAAUAGAGUUGCAAGAUCAAAGGUUGAGUGCUAUAGAACACAAAAUCAACACCUUUAAACCCGAAAAAACUCAACAUGCGCAUAAUGCUGUCCAAGCAAGAAGCACGCCAAGGUAA